CGCAACGCCACCAGCCAUGAUGGAGGCAGCAAGAUCUCUGAGAUACUCAUCUCAGACGCCAGUCUCUGUUUCCUGGUGAAGUUUUUCAUUUUUUUCAGGAAACAAAUACUAAAGUUUGAGUCUUUUAUAUAUAUAUAUAUAUAUAUAUAUAUAUAUUAGGGAAUUUGCAGAGAGAUGGGUGGUGGUGAGAUGAGGAGCCUGAGGAGCUUCCAGUUCCGACAUCAUCAUCACGGGAAGAGACAACAACAGGGGAUUCCUAAAGGGUGCCUGGCGAUUAAGGUGGGUCAAGAAGGAGAAGAACAGGAGAGAUUUGUGGUGCCCGUAUUGUACUUCAAUCAUCCAUUGUUCUUGCAGCUCCUGAAGGAAGCCGAAGAGGUAUAUGGCUUCGACCAGAAGGGAACCAUCACCAUCCCUUGCCAUGUGGAAGAGUUUCGGACUGUACGAGGCUUGAUCGAUGGGGAAAAGUCAUUUCAUCGUCACCACCACUAUCAUCAUCAUCAGCCCCACCAUCAUAUUGGGUGUUUCGGGUUCUAAUUCUGGUCAAUACUUAGUAGACUGACAUAAUAACCAAAAGAGAGAGAAGAAGAAAUGCAAUGUUCUGAGUGAGAGAUGAAUGAUCUCUGGGUUGUUAGUUGAAUACUUGAAUUAGUGAUGUAAAUUCCAUGCAGUGUUUUGGGUUCUCUGUGUUUGCAGUGCCUGCUUAUUCUCACCUGCAUAUAUAUGUAAUGAAAAAGAGAUGCUUUGUUAGCAUCUGUUUCAGUGAUCUUUAGCGUUUCUUCAAGUUUUCUU